AUGUUAUCAGGUACAUUUGGUCGAUUAUUUCGACGUAAUCAAUCAAGUAAUAUUACUGGAAGUGGUGGUGGUGUUGGUGUUGUCAGUGGACCACUUGAUAUGGUACAAUAUCCACAAAAUUAUUAUCCUAUACCAAAUCAUGUUAAUCAAUCAAUGCGAAUAUCAGCUUCUCCACCAAUACGCCUUGGUUCACCUAUGAUACAUACAUCAGUUACUAAUAAUGUCAAUAAUAAUAACAAUAAUACUAAUAAUAUUCGAUAUUCAAUGCAACAACAACAACAACCGUUAAGUCCACAACCAAUAGUUGUCGGUUCAGGACAUCAACCAUUAUCUUUACCACCACCGCCACCAGUACAAUAUCAUCCUUCGAUGUCUAACCAAGCACAAAUGAUGCAACAACAACAUACAACAACUCCUUACGGAACAACAACAACAACAGAUGUAUCAGUUUAA